AUGUAUAGGAGAACCCCUGGAGUCAUGUUAAAGAUUGUUUCAUUCUUUAAAAGUCAACAUCGAUGCCUCUCCUCUGUUUCUUCGCCACAACGAGAGAAGCAACGUGGAUGUCGUGCGCGUCGCGAGAGGGCGGCAAAGCGUGCUGUUGAAGAGGAGGAGAGGAACGGCUGCUCAUUCGUGGAGGAUCCCGAGAAACCAAAGAUCCGCUAUACUCUUAUCCAUGAUCCUCCCACAUACUAUGGCCAAUUUCAGCGCAGAGGUUGGUGCGGAAUUACUAGAUUCUGUCUUGGUGACUAUAUCACCGACAAAGUACCCGGUUUCGCAAAUGCUGCCAGGAGUUGUUUAGAAAGCUCCAAUCUAGAUAUUGAACAUGUG